UUUUCAUGGCGUGCCUUUGGCAGGCACCUAUUGCUCACUGCCGAACAUUUAUGUUUCCAUUUCCAGCAUCUCAAGCCCACCUCUAACUCUGGAAAUUCUGCGAAGAAUUUAAAAAGUGAUUGGAGGCAUUGUUUGUAAUGUUGCCGUGCCGAGCGCAUUUUUGAACUAGAGGAAUUGUCAGAGAAACUUUUGCCAUGUCUCUACUUUGUGUAAGAGUAAAGAAAGCCAAACUCCAAGGAUCUCCAGGUAAGUUCAAUAGCUAUGUGACGCUGAAGGUGCAGAAUGUCAAGAGCACCUCCAUUACCGUGCGAGGGGACCAGCCAUGCUGGGAGCAGGACUUCAUGUUUGAGAUCAACUGUUUGGACCUGGGCCUCAUUGUGGAGGUGUGGAACAAAGGCCUUAUCUGGGACACCAUGCUGGGGACUGCCUGGAUCCCCCUUAAGAGCAUCCGCCAGUCAGAGGAGGAGGGCUCAGGGGACUGGACCUUCCUGGAUGCUGAGGUUUUGAUGAAGGCUGAUGAGAUCUACGGCACCAAGAACCCAACACACCACCAGGUUCUUCUGGACUCCCACUUUGAGCUGCCCUUUGACAUCCCAGAUGACGAGGCGCAGUACUGGACCGGCAAGCUGGAUCGCAUCAACACUAUGAGGAUCUAUGAUGAGGAUGAGGUCCAGAGACGCCUCAUGCCUCCCGCUGCCUCCCAAUGCUCCCUGGAUGACCAUGACAGUGCAGUGGACGACCGGGACAGUGACUACCGCAGUGAGACCAGCAACAGCUUACCCCCGCGCUACCAUACUACGGCCCAGCCCAACUCCUCCAUGCACCAGUACCCCAUGGGCCCCCAGCUCCAGAACCACCUGGACUCCUGCACAGACUCCAUGCACAGCUUUGACAUGGACUACAGAGACCACCGCGGGAGCAGUCCGGUAGAAAGUAGUCGCUUUGGGUCCUCUGGGAACCUGAGCCAGACCAGCUCCCAGAUUAGUGAGACAGGCCAGGAGAGUGCUCCAGGCUCAGGGCUGGAAGAGCCCUUACACUCCUAUCACAGUACCGGCUUCCACCCCUCCAUCAAUGUCCAGCAACCUACCAAUGGACACAUCCCCAGCAAUGUUUUGGGGAAGAAGUUGGGCAGACACUGCCUGGAUGUGGGGAAAAGCUUAAAUGGCUCGUUGAAGAAAUUAGACCACUCAGUAGAGAAAAGAUCCAACAAACAUUUGCAAAGAAUACACUGGUUGAAGGCCAUCAACAAAGUCCGGGAUCAGCUUCAGGAGGGACAAGAUGAUGAACCCAACUCCAGACAAGCUUGGAUCAAGCCAGGCGGUGGAAGUGGUUUGUUUGGGAUUGACAGCAUGCCAGACCUUCGUAAGAGGAAGCCUAUACCCCUGGUCAGCGAUGUGUCACUUGUCCAGGCCAGGAAGGCUGGAAUCACCUCUUCCAUGGCCGCACGCUCCUCCGUCAAAGAUGAGGAGCUGAAGAACCACGUUUAUAAGAAGACCUUACAGGCUCUGAUUUACCCCAUCUCCUGCACCACGCCCCAUAACUUUGAGGUGUGGACGGCCACGACACCCACCUACUGCUAUGAGUGUGAGGGGCUGCUGUGGGGCAUUGCCCGCCAGGGCAUGAGGUGCUCUGAGUGCGGGGUCAAGUGUCACGAGAAGUGCCAGGAGCUACUGAAUGCUGACUGCCUGCAACGUGCUGCGGAGAAGAGUUCAAAGCAUGGGGCUGAGGAUCGUACCCAGAACAUCAUCAUGGCCAUGAAGGACCGCAUGAAGAUCAGGGAGAGGAACAAGCCGGAGAUCUUUGACGUGAUCCGGGAUGUGUUUGUCGUCAGCAAGGCGAUCCACGCUCAGCAGAUGAAGACCAUCAAACAGAGUGUACUGGACGGAACCUCCAAGUGGUCGGCCAAGAUCACCAUCACAGUGCUGUGUGCCCAGGGACUGCAGGCCAAAGAUAAGACGGGUUCCAGCGACCCCUAUGUCACGGUCCAGGUGGGUAAGACCAAGAAGAGGACCAAGACCAUCUACGGUAACCUCAACCCUGUCUGGGAGGAGAACUUCCACUUCGAGUGUCAUAACUCGUCGGACCGUAUCAAGGUGCGUGUGUGGGACGAGGAUGAUGACAUCAAGUCCCGGGUGAAACAGCGUCUGAAGAGAGAGUCAGAUGACUUCCUGGGUCAGAGCAUCAUCGAGGUCCGCACGCUCAGCGGAGAGAUGGACGUCUGGUACAACCUGGAGAAGAGGACGGACAAGUCAGCCGUGUCUGGGGCCAUCCGUCUCCAGAUCAGCGUGGAGAUCAAGGGAGAGGAGAAAGUAGCUCCCUACCACGUCCAAUACACCUGUCUACACGAGAACCUGUUCCACCACUCAACAGACAUUCUGGGCCAGGGGAUAGUAAGGAUCCCCGAUGCUAAAGGAGACGAUGCCUGGAAGGUGUACUUUGACGAGGUGUCACAGGAGAUAGUGGAUGAGUUCGCCAUGCGCUACGGGAUCGAGUCCAUCUACCAGGCCAUGACAUGCCUGUUAACCGGGUCCAUCAUUCACAUAAAGCACACUCAGGUGGCCAUCCCUCAGCUAGAAUGGGGCAGGGGCUUGAUGGGAGAAAUGAAACAGCCGUCCCGCAUAGGGAGGAUUCAUUCGGUAAACUUUGCCUGCCUCUCCUCUAAGUACAUGUGUCCUGGUGUUCCCGCUGUGAUGAGCACCCUGCUCGCCAACAUCAAUGCCUUCUACGCCCACACUACCGCUUCCACCAACGUCUCCGCCUCUGACCGCUUUUCCGCCUCCAACUUUGGAAAAGAGCGCUUUGUCAAGCUCUUGGAUCAACUCCACAACUCCUUACGCAUUGACCUCUCCACAUACAGGAACAACUUUCCUGCGAGCAGUAAGGACCGUCUCCAAGACCUCAAGUCCACUGUAGACCUCCUGACUAGCAUAACCUUCUUCAGGAUGAAGGUCCAGGAACUGCAGAGUCCCCCCAGAGCCAGUCAGGUGGUGAGGGACUGUGUCAAGGCCUGUCUCAACUCCACCUAUGACUACAUCUUCAACAACUGCCAGGAGCUGUACAGCCGCCAGUACCAGCUGCUGGACACACACAAAGAGGAUCUUCCCCUGGAGGAGCAGGGCCCCAGCAUCAAGAACCUGGACUUCUGGCCCAAACUGAUCACCCUCAUCGUCUCCAUCGUAGAGGAGGACAGGAACUCCUACACACCCGUCCUCAGCCAGUUCCCUCAGGAGCUGAAUGUGGGGAAGGUGUGUGCUGAGGUCAUGUGGAUGCUGUUCUCCCAGGACAUGAAGUAUGCCAUGGAGGAGCAUGAGAAACACCGGCUGUGUAAGAGUGCUGACUACAUGAACCUGCACUUCAAGGUCAAGUGGCUGUACAACGAGUAUGUGAAAGACCUGCCAAACUUCAAUAGCGUUGUCCCCGACUACCCAUCGUGGUUCUUACAGUUUGUGCUGCAGUGGCUGGAUGAGAAUGAGUACGUUUCCAUGGAGUUCAUGCACGGAGCUCUGGAGAGAGACAAGAAAGAUGGAUUCCAGCAGACAUCUGAGCAUGCUCUUUUCUCCUGCUCGGUGGUGGACGUCUUCACCCAGCUCAACCAGAGCUUUGAGAUCAUCAAGAAACUGGACUGUCCUGACCCGAAGGUCAUGGCUCACUACAGCCGACGAUUCGCCAAGACUAUUGCCAAAGUUCUUCUGCAGUACAGUGCCAUUCUGACCAAGAGCUUCCCCUCCUACUCUGACAAAGAGAAGAUUACGUGUGUACUGAUGAAUAAUGUGCAGCAGUUGCGGAUCCAGCUGGAGAAGAUGUUUGAGUCCAUGGGUGCCAAACGGCUGGACACAGACGCUAGUGACCUCCUGAAUGAGCUUCAGGUCAAGCUGAACAAUGUGCUGGAUGAGCUGAGUACCACAUUUGGAAACAGUUUCCAGGUCCAUAUUGAUGACUGUAUGAGACAGAUGGCCUCUCUGCUCUAUCAGAUCAAGGGCCCAGUCAACGCCAACACCCACAACGUGGUGGAGGCCGACUCCGACAACAUGCUGCGGCCACUCAUGGACUUCUUGGAUUCAAAGUUGACGCUGUUUGCCUCGGCGUGUGAGAAGACUGUUCUGAAGCGGGUUCUGAAGGAGCUGUGGAGGAUUGUGAUGAGCAGCCUGGAGAAGACCAUUGUCCUUCCGCAAGGAAAUGGCACCUUUGGGGCUCAGAUCCUGUCUGCAGCCAAGGAACUGGGACAGCUCUCCAAGCUCAAGGAUCACAUGGCAGGAGAGGCCAAAAGCCUGACACCUAAACAGUGUGCUGUCAUCGAUAUAGCACUGGACACAAUCAAGCAAUACUUCCAUGCUGGAGGAAACGGUCUGAAGAAGGCUUUCCUGGAGAAGAGUUCUGAGUUGACCUCACUACGCCACGCUCUGUCCCUCUACACACAGACCACAGACACACUCAUCAAGACCUUCGUCACAACACAACACGCACAAGGCUCAGGAGUGGACAAGCCAGUUGGAGAGAUAUCCAUACAGAUGGACCUAUUCACCCAUCCUGGGACUGGGGAGCACAAAGUCACUGUCAAAGUGGUGGGAGGCAAUGAUCUGAAGUGGCAGACGUCUGGGAUGUUCCGGCCCUUCGUGGAGAUCACCAUGAUCGGACCCCACCUCAGUGACAAGAAGCGCAAGUUCCAAACCAAGUCCAAGAACAACAGCUGGGCGCCCAAGUUCAACGAGACCUUCCACUUUGUCCUGGGCAACGAGGAUGGCUUUGAGUGCUACGAACUUCAGAUGUGUGUGAAGGACUACUGCUUUGGUCGUGCUGACCGGGUGGUGGGCAUGGCUGUGAUGCAGCUGAGGGACGUGGCAGAGAAAGGCAGCGUGGCGUGCUGGUGCCCUCUGGGCCAGAGUGUCACCAUGGAUGAGACAGGCCUCACCGCCAUGCGCAUCCUCUCCCAGCGUUCAAACGACGAGGUGGCCAAGGAGUUUGUCAAACUCAAGUCUGAGAUACGUUCUGCGGAGGAGGGCAGAUGAGGUCUCCCUAAAGGAGGGGAGGAGUGUGAAGGGCCUCUAGUAAAGACAAGUGGAGAGGGAUGGGAGAAUCUUUGUCACAGAAGGAAAGCCGCUCGACUUUGGACUAAUUAUGUUUCCUGGCUGCUACUGGCUGUUGGUUGGUUCACCAACAUACGGUCACUAUUUAUCACACUCACCUUAUGAAUCUCUCACUCACUAUAUCAUUCACACACACGGUUUCUCUUUCACUAAGUGGUUAUUACACACACUCACACAAUACUGUACUUCCUGUGGGUCUGCCAGUCUUGCACUAUGGACAUGCCAUGGGCAUUGUGUGCCAGUCACCUCCCUGCCAGCCUGUAUGUACUUCAGUACAGGGUCUCCCCCUCAUCCCACAAAUGUUUGUCAUGUGCAAUACCCCCCCAACUGUGGCUGUACGUUUGAUGCCUUACACUUUGGAAGCUGUGAAUGUGUGAAGUUUAGACUAUAACCUAUAGUACAAAAUUGUUUAUUUAUCUUCCUCAAUCUCACUUUAGUGUUCUUCAGGAUCCUUGUUAGUCUCAUCGAUGCUACUUUAAGGGUCCAAACACGGGAUGUCUUGUUAAUGUUGGUGCAUCGGUCAAGGUAGAUUCACCUGGUUUCUAUCCUUUUGACUUCUACCACAUGUCAAGUACCCUGCUCCUAAAUAUAGUGUACAAAUACAUUGGUUUCUGCUGUAGAAAAGGAAAGUGUUUUUUUUGUAUUGAAAGUGGUGCCUUGUGGUGUUUCUGAAGUGAUUUUACAUUUGAGUCAUCCACCUAUUUUCUGACUUGAGGUACUGUAAUGCCAACAGCACUCAAUGUAAAGGGGUUGUGUGUCCUGCCAGGAAUUGGGCUCUCAUUCCUGACCCAUUAAUCCCGUAAGUGUACCAUGUUGACAAUGCACUUUGAAUUAGUAUUUUCUAUAAUGCUUUUGAGUCUAAAUUCAAUCAAAUUGAUUUAUAAAGCCCUUCUUACAUCAGCUGAUGUCACAAAGUGCUGUACAGAAACCCGGCCUAAAACCCCAAACAGCAAGCAAUGCAGGUGUAGGAGCACGGUGGCUUGGAAAAACUCCCUAGAAAGGCCAGAACCUAGGAAGAAACCUAGAGAGGAACCAGGCUAUGAGGGGUGGCCAAGUCCUCUUCUGGCUGUGCUGGGUGGAGAUAAAUUGACAUCAACAUCGUCAACCCAAGGGCUGCCUUCAAUAGAGAGAGAAACUUCCAUUAAGGAUAGAUGGAGAUGUGAGCAUGUUUAAUCGCUUAUUACAGUACAUCAAAGUGCAGUGGUGUAUGGAGGGCCGUGUCUUAAACGUUCACUAGGAAAUAACCCUGGUGAAGACAUUUAAAACAUGCUUUACAAACAUUUGGCUAAUCUUGCCAACCCUCUAUGACACAGACAUUUUAUUUAUCGUUUUUUAUGUAUUUAUUCCAGAUGACGAAUGAGGUCUACUAUUGCAAACAAAGAGGGCUACUAGAUAGCAUUUGAGUAUUGUUUGCAGUGGUUGUUUUGAAUGGCUUUGUGCUGCAGUACCCUACAGAUACUAACUGGACCUAGAGGAUAUUUUGGGACCAGAGGAGUUUAAACAGUUUUUGUCUCCGUUGAAGAAAAACAAUUAUUUUCCAGCUUUGUUUCCUUGUAUCUCUGAGUGGCCUUGCUACUGUGAUGAUAAUAGAAGCUGUCUAUUUAAUACCUGUUUUACCCCUUGUUUUCUGUGUAUUUCUUUUGUUGAACAACAAUAGAGGAUUGGUCAAUUUGCCUGAAAUCAACUGUAUUUAAUAAUUUUGAAGGAUUUAUAUUGGUUUAAUAUUUGUUGAGUUGUAGUUAUUCUCUUAGUCUUUUUUAAAGUUGACAUUGAAAAUGUGUGUAAACCUUUUUUGGAAACAUGGAAUGAUGGUGGAGCUGUUCAGUACUGUAUCAAUUCGCUUAAAGUGUGAUGCAUGCCAGUCAACUUCCUCAUAGAAAUGAGGGGAGAAAAAAAUCACACUCAUACUGAAAAUAUUUUUGUAUUUGUCAAGUAACACUGCCAUUGUCCAUACAAUUAUAGUCUGUUUGUUGAAUAGGAAACAACUGCAAAAUCACACACUGCAGAAGUUAUAUCUGGGCUUUAUAUACAGUAUCUACUGUACCAACGUGAAGUCCUACAUCUUUUGGGCUGUUGAUUUAGGGAAAAAUGUCUACCUUUUAAGGACGGCACUGCCACUCUUAACAUGACAUGUUCCUUGUGCCAAGCUGUCCCCAAGUGUUCACUUUUUAUCAUUUCAUUCUGUUUUUAAUACAUCGUUUUUUUAACUUGUGAACUUUUGCACUACUAUUAAAUCACCACAAUAGUUAGCACGUAUAGUAUAUCAGUCAAAGUACUAUUGUGCAGUUUUAUUUCUAUUAUUGCUACUGGAUAACAUAUGGUAUUGAUCAUUUACAAUGUGUACAUUCCAAUUUAUGAAUUUUGUAUAAAGUAUUUAAGAAAUAUCUGUUGAUGUGUCUGGCGAAUUUAGUGUGUUUUCCUUUACAAAAAAACCUGAUUCUCAUCUCCAGAUGUGAUAGUUAUUCAUGAAUUUUUACAUGACUUGUUUUUUUCCUGCUGUUUUUUGCCAGUAAUAUUUUGUUUGAUAAUCAGCAUUAAUUCAUAUUGCAGCUAUGUUAUUUGUAAGAGGUAAAAUACAAACCAUUGCAUAAAACUAAAGAAUGUU